CCGAAGCCCAGGCUACCACGGUGAUGGAGGGGGUCAGCAAAGGCAGCAAGUUGGUCAAGAAAGGAGGAGAUGGCCGGCAAGAGGGAGAGGGCAUCGUGGUCAAGAAGCAGAAUGUCGCCAUGGGGAUGGACGUCCUGGACUGCCCGGGCUGUUCCACGCCCCUCAGGCCUCCCAUCUUCCAGUGCUCAAUGGGGCACUUCGUCUGCUCGUCCUGCCGCGAUAAGCUCCCGAAGAAGGCAUGCAGCGUGUGCUCCUGGGCCAUCUUGAACCGCUGCCAUGGCAUGGAGCGUGUGGUCGACUCCAUCGUCAUGCCGUGCACCUACGCUGAUCACGGGUGCGCUGAAAUGAUCCCCUACCAUCAGAAGAGGGAGCACGAGGAGGCGUGCCCGCGCGCACCGUGCUUCUGCCCGGAGAAAGGCUGCGGCUUUGCAGGCACGACGGAGGCACUCCUCGACCACUUCGUUGGCACACACGACUGGCCGAUGACAAGGUUUCAGUACUACAUGCCAUUCGACAUCCAAGUCAAGGCCGGCGUGCACGUCCUGCGUGGCAGCAAAGAUGGACACCUCUUCCUGCUCCGCAUGGCGUCGCUGGACUCUCCACUGCACGGGGUCUCGCUGGUCCGCGUCGAGCCGCAUGCAUGCGAAUCCAAGUCUUGGUGCUCUGUCGGCUUCUCGUGGUUCAAGGGCCAUUACCAGAUCUCGAUGUUGGAUGAGAUCAGAAGCACGUCAUUGUCUGAUGGGCUGCCGACAGACUACUUCCUCACUGUUCCUGAGGCGUGUCGUGGAGGUGGUGCCCGUGUCGUGAUGCGGGUAACCAUCGAUACGAAGGGGGUGUAUGGCGACGAGGAUGAGAGCUACAGAGAACCGUCCCCGCUGGCCACUCGCAUCGUCCGGCCAACCGUGCUCGCCACCGGCCUCCCAUCUAGACGAGCGCACCCGCCGCCGGCUUCCCUCCAACGCGCGCACCCGCCGCCGGCUCCCUCCAACGCGCGUAGGCCACCGUCCAGGUUCCCCAUCUCCCACCGCGCGAGCUCCGCAUCUAGCUCCCCGUCGCCGGCCUCCUCCGCCCACCGCCAACUUCCCCACGCGACCGCGCGCCUGUAA